CUCGGGUCCUCCCGGCCCCGCGCACAGCAUUGACGUCACAGAGACCCGCGUGCGCCGCUCCUCUUCAACCAAUAACCAGUACAUUGCGGGAAAGAAUGGCAAGGAACAAAUCAAAGGCACAAAAGCAGAAUGAUGUGUUCAAAGUGGCCAACAACAAAGCCAUCUCGAAGGCCAAAGGCAAAGCCAAACCUGUAACCACCAAUCUCAAGAAGGUUAAUAUCGUGAACAGAGAAAAGGUCGCAAAAAUCAACAAAGCAUUCACAGAAGUACAAAAAGAAGUUAAAAAUUUAUCCAAAGAUAUACCAAAAGUUUCAAAGAAAGCAGUUCAGAUUGCCAAACCACCACCUGCUGAACCCCUUAACGUGGAUGCUGCCGUUCAGAUGUUCUCUCAGCUGUAAAUUGAAUAAUUACUGUAAAUGGACAAGUCAGCGUGUAAAUAAAAAUGUGCGAGGAUUAGGCUUCAUCUUCCUUCUUCUGUCAAAACUCUGGUGGUUGCUUUACAUGAAUGGAGAAUCCGUUCGGUGACAUCAGAGCCACUUGGAGCGAUUGUGCGUUCAAGAGCAAAUCGUAAGCCUUAGUGUGGAGAAUCCCAAGGUCACGUUUUGGGGGAAAAUUAUAUUAAUUAAAACAGAAAAUGUUGGAAGUGCAAAAGUUGCUUGGGGAUCAGAGACAAAGAUGUGUAAAUAUCAACAUUUUCUGUUUAUUUCAGAUGCAUCAGAUUUUUGUUCUUUAUAAUCCCUUUUUAAAUCUUGUAUGGCAAUGUUAAUCACAGGACUGAUUCAAAAUGACUUUUAACCAAUAAAUUUUCAAUAACUAA